GGACCGUGAUAGCGCAUGCGUGUGAGUUGGGGGGGGGGUGAAGGAGAGGACUGUGAUGGCGGAAAGCGGGGAGAGGAGGAAGCUUCCACUUGUUCCAGAGAACCUACUGAAGAGGAGGAAGGUUUACCAGGCGAUUAAAGCCACCCAGGCCAAGCAAGCUUUGCAGCAAAAGAGAAAGCUUCAGAAGGGGAAGCAGAUUCAGUUUAAGAGAAUAGAGAAUUUUCUCAGAGACUCCAGGCAAAAGUACCGUGAUGAAGUGCGUUUUGCUCGAAUGGCAAAGAAGCCGAGUGAGGCCAAAAUGCCGCCUGAACAGAAGUUGGGUUUUGCAGUGAGGCUCAGACCGAUUAAAGGGGUCAGUCCAAAGGUAACGAAAAUUAUUCAAAUAUUGCGACUCCGCCAACUCUACAAUGGCUCCUUUGUCAAACUGAACGAGAAAUCAUUGAGAAUGCUGAAGAUGGUGGAGCCUUAUGUUGCCUGGGGGUUUCCCAACUUGAAAUCUAUCCGUGAACUGAUUCUGAAACGGGGCCAAGCAAAAGUCAACAAGAAGCGUGUAGCUUUAACCGACAAUGCAGUCAUUGAGCAGCACCUGGGAAAAUGGGGAAUGAUUUGUCUCGAGGACUUGAUACAUGAAAUCUAUAGUGUGGGAAAAUCAUUCAAGGAGGCUGUGAACUUUCUUUGGCCCUUCAGAUUGUCUGUAGCUCGACAUGCAGCAAGAAACAAAGUGGGAUUUCUCCAUGAUUUUGGAAAGACGGGGAAUCGUGGAGAAGAAAUCAAUAAACUGAUUCGGCAGCUCAAUUAAAGAUCCUGUGAGGAUAAAUAUGUUGGGAUCAAAUUUGUUUUUCUAUACUAUGUAUAGUAAACUCUACAGAUUGAUAUUCGGCUUUAAAGCAUUUCCCCCUCAGUACAGCGGGACCGAUCAUUGGACAGCAUGCUACCAUUCACUGACUACCUCAAGACCUUGUUCUGGGUGGAUUGGGGUGGUGUCAUAGAGCCAUACAGCAUAGAAGCUGUGGGUAGUGAUUGGUGCGAUCUGUAUCUUGGGGAGUUUUGUCUGGCAACCAAUUGGAAGUGAAAGAGUUUACAAUCUGUGAAACUUGGAAGUAAAUUUGGAUUAUCUGGAAUUUUAAAGCUGUCAAUAGACUUGGAUGUCAGUCAAAUAUCAGUUUGGUGUUGCAUAAAAUUUCAUAUUCAUUCUCAA